GAUAAGUCGGUCGUCUUUCCCGGACUCUUGGCCGAACACGUGAAUCCGUCAGUGAACCGACCUCUGUCUAAGCUACUAUACCGCAAAAUAAUAUUAUCAUAAUUUUUAUUUUUCCUGUUAUAUUAUAUUAGUUUUGUUCUCUGGCAUUUCUGCUGUGCGUUUGUUGUUUUCCGUUUUAAACAUCGGCCAAUGUUGGAUUAGAAUAUAUGAUAUUUAUUUUGCAGCACAUACACAUACAGUAAAAAUGGUUACCGAACAUGAUCACAUCAACGGAAACGAAAAAGAAUGCUGUGAUGAAAACAUUGAAGAUCCCGCAUGUCUCGAGUCGAAUCCGGUUAAAAUAACUUUCGAGGACAUAACUUCGGCAGCUUAUAAGAUCAAAAACGGAGUUGUCAAAUCCUCGUGCGCUAAAUCGCAUUUGUCCAGUCUAGUCAACAUGGAACUGUACUUGAAGAAAGACUUCGUCCAAGUCACAGGCAGUUUCAAAGAACGAGGGGCUUGCUACGCCCUGACAAUGCUGUCGGAAGAAGAUAAGAGAAACGGUGUGAUCUCGGCGUCGCUGGGCAACCACGCGCAAGCACUGUGCUAUCACGGCAGACGGCUGAACAUCCCAGUGACCGUGGUCAUGCCCACGGCGGCGCCCAUCAUGAAAAUCGAAGCUUGCCGGAAUUUUGGCGCCAACGUGAUCGUGCAGGGCGUCAACAUGAAAGAGUCCAAACAAGAGGCGUUGAGGAUUUCCAAAGAAAAGAACAUCAUUUACAUUAACGGGUACGAUCACCCGCACAUAAUGGCCGGUCAGGGCACGGUUGGCUUGGAAAUACUGGAAGACGUGCCGGACGCUGACGCCAUAGUAGUGCCAGUGGGCGGGGGAGGUCUUUUGGCCGGGGUCUCGUUGGCCGUGAAAACUCUGAACAAAAAUUGUAAGAUCAUUGGAGUGGAAUCCGACCGAUUUCCUAGUUUUUCCAAAGCCUUAGAGCACGGAAGACCCGUACUCAUCGAAGGCAAGUCCACGUUGGCCGACGGUCUGGCAGUGCCCAUGGUCGGAUACAACGCCUACGCUACAGCCGCACCUCUAAUCGACAAAAUGGUCGUUGUCUCAGAAGAGUGGAUUUCCAUAGCCAUACUGCGGUUGGUGGAGUCUGAAAAAUGUGUAGUAGAAGGAGCCGGAGCUAUCGGUCUGGCGGCAGCAUUGUCCGGUCAAAUGGAAGAGUUUGCCGGUAAAAAAGUGGUUCUUUUGCUUUGCGGCGGAAACAUUGACACGUCCAUUUUGGGCCGGUGCUUAGACAGAGGUUUGGCCAUCGACGGUCGGUUGGUGAAAUUCCAUGCGACCCUCAGCGAUCGGCCGGGAGGCAUUGCCGAAUUGUGCAGAAUCUUAGCAACCAUUGGGGUGUGCGUCAAAGACAUCAUACACGAGCGGGCAUGGCUGUCCGACGACGUCUUCAGCGUUAGGGUCAAAGUGGUAUGCGAAACCAGAGACUUGAAACACGCUCAAUUAAUGCAAGAGGUCAUCAAGAAGAACUAUACCUCGUCCAUUUUCGGUGACAUACCGCUGCCCAAAGUGCUGUAGUGGUGUUCGUCCGGACGUUGCCUUUGUAUUAUAUACCAAUAAAAUUAAAUUUGACUCAAAAGACAAAAUAUUGACAAUUCAAAAUAACCUAACCGUUAUUUUGCAUUGAUUAGAUAUGCCAGUUUGGCAAUAUGUUCAUUUGUUAAUGAAAUUAAAUUAAAGCGAUUAUUUGUAUUAUAAAUAUUAUAUAGUAUAGGUAUAGUGAAUUA